UACAAGUGGUGCGGUGAUGGCGGCAGCAAUCCGUCGCCAUCGCCUUCGAAUGCUCCCAAUCCUUCGACUACAUCCAGUUCCAAGCCAUCGACUACCUCCAGCCCCAAGCGUACUCCAUCUAGCAAACCCUCCACGACCAAGCAACCAACGCUCUCCCCUGCUACAUCUCUGAAACCGACUCCUACAUCGUCUCCUAACACACCACCAUCCCCUCCUGGAAAGUCCGGCUUGACCAACAUUUUGUCCAAGGAAUUGUUCCUUCGCAUCUUCCCUGAAGCCCUCCCCAUCUACAACUACGAAAACCUCGUGGCCAUCGCUGAAAAGUACCCCGAAUUCGCCAACACUGGCGACUCCGACGUCGACCGCCGCGAAGUGGCCGCCUUCCUCGGCCAAAUCUCGCUCGAGUCUGGCGAUCUUCGCUACGUUGAGGAGAUCAACAAGUCCACCAUGUGCCAGCAGUCACCCAAGUACCCGUGUGCGGCUGGCAAGCAGUACUUUGGUCGUGGCCCGAUCCAGUUGUCGUGGAACUACAACUACAAGGACUUUGGCAAGGCCGUCAACUUGGACUUGGUCGCGAGCCCUGAGCUGGUCGCCACAGAUUUCGACUUGGUGUGGUGGAGUGCGUUGUGGUACUGGAACGAUGAAAGGUGGAACGGCAACAUCCACAAGGUGGUGGGUCUCCCCGGUGGCUUUGCCAAGGCCACUCACAUCAUCAACGGUGGCUUGGAAUGCGGUGUGAACCCUCCCAACCGUGACUCGGAAAAGAGCCGCAUUGCCAGUUUCAAGAAGUUCUGCGAGCUCUUGGGGGUGGCUCCCGGGGACAACUUGUCGUGCCAAACCGCUGAUUUCCGCCCCAAGGCGCUUUAG